AUGGUUCGACCUAUGCUUGACAUGAGAAAAAUUCUCAAUUCGCCGCAAAUCGAAUAUCAUGUCGGCGAAAGCGGCAAGUCAUUCUCGGUUCCCAAAGCUGUGAUGGAAUUCCUCUCUCCAAAGCUUGUGCGUAUGCCGCCUUCUGGACAAGGACAGCCCAAUUCCGCUUCAAUCACUCUGAGAGAUAUCGACGAGGCUACAUUCACUCGACUGGUGGAGUACGCAUAUCGCCAAGACUACACGGUCCAAGGUCUCAAAGCCCGCUCCUUUGCCUCCGACGAAGUCAGCGUUUUGCCUUCACUCUAUGAUAAGCUCGAGCGGGGAGAUGAGUAUUCAGAGAGCAACCCCUUCAUCCACGAUUCUGGCAUGGAUUUCCUUCGCGAACUCAAGGGUAGCUACAUAAUGCUCGACAAAUCGAUCCACAAAGAAGCUCUCGAGGCAAAGAAACUCCCUGGCCGCUAUGUUCGCUUUGACACCCUCAACGCCCACAUCGCCCUUUUGAACGUGGCGCACACAUACGAUAUCCAUCCUUUGAAGGAUCUCUGCAAAGCGCACUUCCGCGAGUGUCUGCUUUUCAUGCCUCUCAAUAGGUACACCGUGGCUGAUCUGCUCACUGUCUGGGAUUCUGUUGAGCACAUCGCUGACUGCGCUCCCGGCAAUGCGAUUUGCAACAUUAUCCUGGAUUACUUCGUCGCCACUCUCCCCACUUCGAGACAUCAUCCGAGAUUUCGGGAUACACUCGUGCAGGACGAAGCCUUCACCCGCCAACUGCUCGACAAGUUGCCGAAUGUAGCUCCUCCAAUUGACGACUAA